GCCAACGCCGCCUUCAGAUCUGUCUAGAGGCCUCUCCGUACCCAUUUUGGCUCAAAAUUGCCUCAAUAUAGUUUCGGCCAGCCUGCAUCAGCAAGCUGGCGUGUAGGCCAGGGCAUGGUGGACGCGGCAGGUCCGCCAGAGGCCAGGUCCAGUUUUUACGGAGGUGUUUCCUUUGCAGCUGCAGACACAUUCCGCGCGUGCCAGUCCCUUGAGAACCUUAGGCUCGACGUCGAGGCCGUCUUUGACAAGCACAGGGAGAUCUGGCUGAAGCCCACCAGCUUGCCUCAACGCCCUGGCCCUCCAACGCUGGCAUCCACCGACAAGGGACAAGACCUUCUGUUUCACCCUGUAGGCAUCCAACAGACGCCUAGGGUCUCUCGGGGCAGUGCCGAGACGGAGCAACAUCUCUUACGUCCUAUUCAGCUGCCUAAUCAGAGGACGAGCGUGGCUUCGAGGAUAAGCCUGGGGAGUAUGGACAUGCCGAUUUCCAUGAGAAGAUUGAAGAGGGAACGCAACUCCUUUAUGACAGAGAGCAAUACUCCAAAUUGGAUGCAUACCUUGGUAGAGGAAAGGCAGACGCGCACUCCGACCGAGAUCACGCGUCGUGUAUCAGCGAGGCUAAGCCACACCUUCGCUCCGACAAGACAGGCCUCGACCGAUUUCAUACCAAGGCUGGUGAGGCGUGCCGAGUUCGAGAUUGUCAGGGCCAUGAUGAUGCUUCUGGACGCCGUGCUUGUCGUGUGGGAGAUGCAGGAUGCAGCGCAUCGUGCAACCUCUAGCUUGCACAGCACCCCAGAUGGCAUCAACGACACCGUGUUUUUCACAGUGCUUCUGGACAUCUCCUGCGCGCUCUUCAUCAUCGACCUCUGCCUGAGGGUCGCGGCUGGCCAGUUCGACCCCAUCCACUCGGCCGCAAAGGGCUGGCAGACGUUCCAGGUCGUGGUCGUCAUCGCACAGCUGCUUCAGGUCAUCGGCCAACACUCGCACCGGCACCAGAGGUCCGGCUCGAAGUUCAGGGUCGCGCUCGCGAUGCUCUCCGCCCUGCGCCUGGCGAGGGUGUUGUCGCUCGUGGUGGUGACCGACGUGAUCCGCCAGCACCGCUCCUUCCGGGAGCUGAGGAUCAUGGUCCUCUCGCUCACGGGAGCGAUGAAGUCCCUGGUGUGGUCCAGCCUGCUGGUCUUCAUGAUCCUGCUCAUCUUCGGCACCGUGCUCUCCGAGGGGGCGCUGGCCUUCCUGACGCAGCACGGGCCGCCCGCGGGCGAGGUGCCGGAGGAGCAGGCGGCGCCCCUGCGGGCGCGGUUCGGCUCGCUGUUCGACGCCGUUCUGACGCUUUUCCAGGUGGUGAGUCGGGCGUGCCCCUGGCUCUACAGGAGGAGUAACCAGCAAGAGUCAAAACAUCGUCGGAGGGCGACUUUUUGUUUUUUGUAUUCCUGCUUUUUUUGGGGUAUUUUUUGGUGGUAUUUUUGGGGGGGGCAUUUUGGAUUUUUAGUUUUCGUCCGGAAUCCACCUGUGGGAGGGCGCGCACGACCUAAUUCCAGGUGAUCUCCGGCGGUGUCGACUGGGAGGUGCUCUGGCAGAGCCUGGGCACGCUCGGCUGGGAGUUUCGGGGCCUUCUUCUGCUGUUCAUCGGCUUCUCCCUCCUCUCCCUGCUGAACGUUGUCACGGCCGUGAUGUUCGAGAGCACCUCGCUGCGGUGCAAGGCCGACCGUGGCCUGGCAGUGCAGAGCGAGCUCAUUGAGACGAGGGACUACCUCACCGCCAUGAGGAAGGUGUUCGAUGAGCUCGAUGCUGACAACACUGGUGCAGUUUCACAGGAGCAGAUGCGGAGGCGCAUGAAGGAGCCCGAGAUCGGCGCCUACUUCAGCCAGCUGGGCGUGGACUCCGACCAGGUGGGUAAGUUGUUCCACCUCCUGGAUAGCGACAAGUCUGGGACCAUCAACUCCGAGGAGUUCAUGUUCGGCUGUCUGAAGCUUCGUGGCGAGGCCAAGAGGGUGGACGUUGCAGUGCUGCACAAGGAGCUCAUGUGGAUGCACGAGGCUCUGGAGAUCUUGACCAAGCAGCUGCGUUCAGUAGCUGCUACGCAGCCGACGAGGCACAGCUCGUUCGGCAGCUCUGGCCCGAGCUGCGUCACUCCACCCCCCCGCAUCGAGGUUGAGGGCGGGGGCGACCCGAACCUGCCCGGCGCGCUUGCCACGAUGCUCGUCGGGAAGCAGGACCUUGACUGCGGGACCGAGUUUAUCGGAUAGUGAGGUGGAGGUUCGCGGCGGAGGCGAACGCGUCCACGCCGUUCGAGUGGCCCGCCCAGGGAACGCGGCGGGCUCGGCGGUGGAUGGAGUGUUCGGGGGCAUGCUGUAAUGUCACCGUGGCGUCUAGCGUUCGUAAGUUUGCGUUGGCAGCGAGUUCCCUGCUUACGACGUGUUCCCUUUGCGUUUUUCCCUCGUCCAGUGCUCGUCUCCGAACAGGCGCGGCGUAAUGAUCCAGUCAACAUGUGUGGUGUUACUGGCUCAUCCGCUGGCGUUCGUUUUUUUCACAAUGUGGCAUGGGUUUGUACAAACCAUCAUGUGUGCCUAAGCUUCUCGACCAUCCGAGCUAAGUUGUCGCAGCUUCCCGUUUGCUCCACACCCUGGCGAAUCACAAAAAGUGCGGGGGCCGCCUUCCUGAGUAGUUUACCAGUAAAUCUCUCAGGAACCGCAAGCAUGAGCCUGGUACAUGCAACAUUGUUUGGGGCGUUUGCUUUGGAGUCGUGCGGAGCUUUGGUGUUACCAGGAAUGCAGCAGUUUUCCUUCUCUGCCUCCGUCGGAGUACGCGAGGAGUAUGCCAUCUCUGCCUUCCCUGGAAUGCGAGCGACCACACGCAGUCCAACACAUUGCGAACCCACUGGGAAGAGCACCCCUCCCAUAAACGUGGGAAUGCUGACGUGCUUGAAAAGCUUACGCAUCCCAGUGGCCGAUUUUCCUUAGACUUGAUUCUGCAUGGGAUGGCCGCCGUGUAUUCUAGCGACUGACUUGUCUGCAAUCCCGUUCUAGCCCAGCGGCUAAAAUUAUAUUCUCGGUGGAGCCCUCAAAGAGCACACCAUCAUGUCGAAGACGGGCGCGUGCGUUCUGGCGCUGGCUUGUUGCGCCUACUGCGGUGGAACA